UCAGCAUGGCCAUCACCGUGGACGACGGCGAGGAUGUAGCCAACGAAACGGUGUCGCAUUGCGCUCGUCGGUGCCGACGUAACGUGGAGUGCCGGUCGUUUACUUACACUAAGGAGACGUGCUCUCUUCAUCCGUACGAUAGCAGCACCGGCCCGGAGUUCAAGCACUCAGCAACGGGCAUGUUGUACUACGAGAGCUUGGACAAAGACAUCAACAGAAUUGAAUAUUUCAGCGGCUGCUUGACAGAUUACAAGAACGGUUGCCAAAAUGGCGGCUCGUGUAAAUCAGACUGCUCCAAACAAGGUUACUACUGCGCAUGCCCCGAGAACUUCCGUGGGGACGCCUGCCAGUUCGCUAGAGAAGACGAACCAGUUCUUGUGCAAACCAUAGAGGGCGCCCCAUCACGCGGAUGUGCCGGCUUCAGCUUCAGUAACGAACAUUUUCUCAUCAUCGGCGGAUACAAGAGCGAUGACGUCAAUGGCACCGAUAUCGAGGCCACCUCCCGCGUGUUCAAGUUUAACGAGACGACCGGCCAAUAUGAGUACGACCACUACCUGGAAGGGCUGGGCGUGACCCAGCGCAUCACGCCAAUGGCUGUUGGGGACCAGCAGCUCCUCUUCGCCGCUAACAACAGAGAGUUUGAUGACACACUGACGACAGACUCGGUUGUGUAUGCUUACGUCAACGGCACUUUCCAAGCCCAUCAAACAGUGACUACUGAGGGGGCCUGGGGAGGCGCAUUUCUUACGGCAACUACCGGGCAACGCUACAUGUUCAUCUCGAACUCCCAGAGCGGCUCUUACGAUGUGGACUCCCCCAUCUACAAGUGGUACAGCCAGUACAACCAGUUUUACUUCGUUCAGAAUGUGGCGACGCUGGGGGCCGGGACGCCCGUUCUAUUCGACGUCGCGGGGGUGGUCUACUUGGUUGUACCAUUUGAGUAUGGAGACAGCGCAGGACACAGUGCUCAGGCUGAGCUCUGGAAACGAUCCGACGCGAGCUUCAUAUACAUGGGCUGCUUCCUCGACGACAACGUCCGUGCAAUGGAGGUCCAGUUCUCCUCAGACAACCUGGACAUCGAGACCUGCGUGACCUACUGCCGGCUGCGCGGCUACCCGUACGCCGGCCUGCAGGACCGGACCAAGUGCUUCUGCGGCGACGACGGUUACGACGUUUACGGAGCACGCAGCGACGGCGAGUGCAGCCAGACAUGCGCGGGCAACAGCGGCCAGUACUGCGGCGCUUCCUACCGGAACUCCGUGUAUCUCACCGAGCCGUCUUGGUCGAAGAUCCAGACGAUCCCGGAUGCCACGUCCACCAUCGCCGCCGCUCACUUCCACCACCAGGGGGCGGACUACGUUGUGCUGGCCCAGUACACGGACGGCUCCAGCUGCGACCGGGACCUGGUGCUGUAUGUGUGGAACGGUGAGACGGAAGAGCUGGAGACGCACCAAAGAAUCCCCAACGACCAGUGCGUGAUGGAUUUGGAAUUAUUCAAGGCCAACGGUCGCGUCUUCCUGAUCGCGGGCGCCGACAGGACCCAGUACUCCGUCUCGGGCGAGAGCGACUACUCCGUCCGCAACAUCGUCUACAUCUUGGAGGGCAGCAUGUUCGUGCCUUACUGGUCCCUGGACGGUCGCGAGACGCACGACUGGAGCGUCUUUCAGCGGGACGGGGAGAUCUUCCUGGCCCAGGCCAACUACCGAAGCCCCGGGGACGGCACCAAGAAUGACGCUGUCUUCAAUAUCUACCAGUGGUAUUAAUCAUCAUCGACUGGAGCCCAUUAUGGACUCAUGUAGGAAUCAAUAGUCAGGUCACAAACGUCAUACUGUCUGAUUAACGUCAUUAUAGUCAAGUACAUGUACUUAGAACAUCGCUCAUGUUACGAUACAUACUCCCAUGUCGCAAUCGACUUGGAAAUGUCCUGUGCAUUAUUAUAGGAGCAAUAUUUGACACAAAACUUUUACAUAUCAUUCAAGUUUAAUUAUGAUUUUUUAUGAAAUGCAAUUUUUUUUACAUAUAUUUCAUUUAAAUUAUCUAGAUCUUUUCUGACUUCAGUAAUGAUGGUGUGCCGUUUUCAAUCAAGAUUUGUUUAAUUUAACAACGUUUUAUAUGUACAUUUUGUAGUCAAAUUAAUACUCUAUGGUAGCAUUUAAGAAAAAAACUUAUAAACAAAGCGAUUCUUUCUGCCGAUGUUUUUUAUUUAAAGAGUGAGAAUGAAAUAUUUAUGUACACAUUUAAAAAAAAAAUUUUU